AUGGCAUCUUUGUUUCGUUCCGUUGCUCGCCCGUCGACUCUCAGAGCUGUUGCAGCAACCAAUCCCGCACGAUGCAUGACCACCGCCGACAAGACGUUCGUGCGGAUGAAGGCCACCCUUCCUGAUCUGAGCUACGACUACGGUGCCCUCGAGCCAGCCAUCUCGGGCAAGAUCAUGGAGCUGCACCACAGCAAGCACCAUCAGACCUACGUGAACAGCUACAAUGCCGCUGCCGACCAGUAUGCUGCCGCCGAAUCUAGCGAUGACAUUGCCACCAAGAUUUCCCUCCAAGCAUUGAUCAACUUCCACGGGGGUGGCCACAUCAAUCAUACCCUCUUCUGGGAGAACCUUGCUCCCAAGAACGCCGGCGGCGGUGAACCCCCUUCUGGCGAACUGGCCAAGGCAAUCGACAGUACCUAUGGCGGUCUGGAGGACCUCAAGAAGAAAUUCAACACUGCUCUUGCCGGCAUCCAAGGCUCCGGUUGGGCGUGGCUGGUCAAGGAUACCCAGAACGGGAACAUUUCGAUUCAGACAUAUGCUAACCAGGACCCUGUGGUUGGCCGGUACAAGCCCUUGCUCGGUAUUGAUGCUUGGGAACAUGCCUACUACCUACAAUACCAGAAUCGCAAGGCCGAGUACUUCUCGGCUAUCUGGGAUGUCGUCAACUGGAAGGCUGCCGAGAAGAGGUUCUCCAGCUAA